GCGUAAAGUGUGUAAACGUAUUAAGACCAAAUAUAUAAAAUAAUUCUUGUUAUCUUUAAUAAAUAAGCAAUGUUCGUUGAAAUUUUUAUAUUCUUCCUCUUGACUACAGUUUUUUUAUUAUACUAUCGGUAUAAAUAUACCUACAGUUAUUGGCUACGUCAUGGUGUACCACAAUUUAAGCCUAUACCUUUUAUUGGGGAUAUGAAAGAAGCCAUAAUGUUUAAGCGUAAUUUCGGUUUACAUGUAUCAGAUAUUUACAAUGAACCGGAAAUGGCCGAUAAGCCUAUUGUGGGAAUUUACAUAUUCAAUCAGCCUGCCUUGAUAAUUAGAGAUUUGGAUUUAAUUAAAUCAAUACUUAUUAAGGAUUUUAAUUAUUUUUCAAAUCGUUAUGGGAAAUGUGAUCCGCAUAGGGAUGCUUUAGGCACUUAUAAUUUAUUCUUUGCACGCGAUGCGUUUUGGAAAGAAAUGCGAGUAAAAAUAUCGCCAGUAUUUACAAGCGGCAAAAUUAAACAAAUGUAUCCUUUAAUACGGCAGAUUGGCUGUGAACUGGAAGAUUUUCUUGCACAGAAGAGUGAUACAUUUGUGGCCGACUUGAAAUAUAUUUCUUCUCUAUUCACUACGGACUCUAUAGCGACCAUAGCUUUUGGAAUUAAUGCAAAUAGUUUAAAAAAUCCAAAUGGAGAAUUUCGUAUGCAUACCCAGUCUUUUUUUUCAUUUAAUUUUUGGCGUUUUGUAGAAUUUUCGGUGUGUUUCUUUUUGCCAAAACUGGUUAAUAUUUUUAAAGUUACAAUGUUUUCCAAGAAAUUUUCCAAGUUUUUACGUUCCGCUAUUAAUGAUACUAUAGACGAGCGAGAUCGUAAGGGUUAUGAACGCAACGAUCUCAUUGAUAUCUUAGUCAAAUUGAGAAAAGAAGCCGCUGAAGGCAAACAUUCGUUCACUGACAGCGAUUUUCUAGUGGCUCAGGCGGGUGUUUUUCUAACUGCCGGCUUUGAAACCUCUUCAUCUACGAUGGCCUUCUGUUUAUAUGAACUGGCCAAGCAGCCUAACUUACAGGAGAAAUUGCGUAAAGAAAUUCAUGAGGCUCUGCUCGAAAGCAACGGUAAUCUGACGUAUGAGAAAAUCAGUUCAUUGCAAUAUUUAAAUAUGGUUUUGGAGGAAACUUUACGUUUAUAUCCAAUAUUGCCGUUUUUGGAUCGUCAAUAUCAAGCCCCAAGCGAUGAGAAGAAUAAAAUUAUAUUAGAACCAUUUUAUAAUUUUGCCCUGAGGAACGGUACGCCGGUUUAUAUACCCAUCUAUGCUUUACAAAGAGAUCCUAAGUAUUGGAAAAACCCAGAGAGUUUCGAUCCUGAACGUUUCUCUGCAGAGAAUAAAAAACUUCAUCAUCCUAUGACUUACCUGCCUUUUGGUACUGGUCCACACAAUUGCAUUGGUAUGCGUAUUGGUUUGUUGCAAUCGAAAGUUGGGUUAGUGCAUUUCUUAAAGAAUCAUCACGUCGCAGCUUGUAAGGAAACUCCGAAAGAAGCCCAGUUCAACGUUAUGGGUGUGAUAUUGCAAUUUCAAAAUGGCGUUCAUUUAGUUGUCAAACGUGAUAACAUGUACGAUAAAAUUUCGUUGAAAUAAAAUUUAUAAAAAACAAAAACUUUGCA